AUGUUGCCUCGUGCAGUGAAGGGUUUGUAUAAACGGGUGGAGGAGUUCUACACCAACCCCAUUCAAAGCAGGGUUAAUCUGAAUGUGCAGACUGUAAUAUUUUGGGGGACUGUUGUUGAUGUGCUUGGUCAUAGCACUCCCUUUCAGGUUUUGAAAUCUGGAUUUUUAAUGGAGUGCAAUAAAGAAGAAGCCGUAAGGGCCAAGGAAAUUGCUGAAAAGAAAAUGCAAAACAAAGAUUUUAAUGGGGCUCGAAAAUUUGCUCUUAAGGCUCAGCAGCUAUAUCCUGAUUUGGAGAAUAUUAAUCAAAUGCUUAUUGUUUGCGAUGUUCAUUUCUCUGCUGAGCAGAAAUUGUUUGGCAAUGAGAUGAACUGGUAUAAAAUUCUUCAAAUUGAGCUGACGGCUAAUGAUACAACAAUUAAGAAGCAAUAUAGGAAGUUAGCCCUCCAACUUCAUCCUGACAAAAACAAGUUUGCUGGUGCAGAAGCUGCAUUUAAGCUGAUUGGGGAAGCUCAAAGAGUUCUUUUGGAUAGAGAAAAACGAGAUAGGCUUGACAUAAGUUUGCGCAGGGUUCCAAUGAACAGAACUACUGUGCCAUCUCAUCAUCAGCAGAAUGUUCAGAUGAAUUUUAAUCCUGUGAUGCAAACCAGUGUCAGACCCAAUUUUACAAACUUAAAUCCUCACCAGCAACAACAGAGUAGGCAGACAUCUCAUCAGGGGCUUAAUGGUGUCCGCCCUACUUUUUGGACUGUAUGCUCUUUUUGUUCUGUUAGAUAUGAGUAUUAUAGGGAAGUUUUAAACAGAUCUCUUCGCUGUCAACAUUGCAAUAGGCCCUUCAUUGCAUAUGAUGUUAAUAUGCAAGGUACAACACCAGCAACUAAUUCAAGUCAUCAAGCUUUUGGUGCACAGAACUAUAGUCAGAAUCAUGGUGCUUUCAAUAUUGGUGUUGGAUCUCAAGGUAAUUUGCAUACUCGCAGAUCAAAUACAGAAUCACAUCAGAAAAAAGAUCCUACUGAGGAUGUCCCUGUAAAGCCAAAUGAAAAGAGAAGGAGAAAGCGGGCAGCUGAAUCCAGUGAAAGUUCUGAAUCUGUAGGCAGCACUGAUUCUGAAUCAGAAGAGGAUGUUCGUUAUGACAAUGAUGGUGUUCCUGGUAUUUCUACUCAUAGAGAAGAGAAUCCACGUAGAUCUACACGGCAAAAGCACCAGGUUUCCUACAAGGAGAAUGUGAGUGAUGAUGAAGGGAGUGGAUCUCCAUCUGGUUCUGGUAAACAAGAGCCUGGGGAGGCAGCUAACAUUAAUGAACAGAAUGGUUUGGUUGCUGAUCAGAAAGGAGAUCAGCCGGGAGUAAAGCGGAAGGAGAGCUUUUAUUUUGAAGAGAGCAUUCAAAAUAUAAAAGAGGAGCUUAAGGAGACGAGGGAAAAAGAGGCAGUGGUUAGCCCAAAGACUGACAAAGCUUCAGAGCAUUCACCCUCGAAAUCAUCAAAUCAACCAGAUAAUUUCGUUUAUCCAGAUGCAGAAUUUAGUGACUUUGACAAAGAUAAGACAGAGGGGUCUUUUGCUGUUGGGCAGAUUUGGGCUAUUUAUGAUACUAUAGAUGGUAUGCCUCGAUUCUAUGCUAUAAUCAGAAAAGUUCUCUCUCCUGGAUUCAAUUUGCGGAUAACAUGGUUUGAACCAGAUCCAGAAGAAAGAGACGAAAUCCACUGGGUAAAUGAGCAAUUGCCAGUUGCUUGUGGGAAACAUAAACUUGGUAAUACAGAGACCACUGAAGAUCGAUUGAUGUUCUCUCAUCUUAUUGUCUGUGAAAAGAUUGGCCGCAGUACUUACAAAGUAUAUCCUAGAAUGGGAGAAACUUGGGCUCUUUUUAAAAAUUGGGAUAUCAAAUGGCAUAUGAAUGCGGAGUCUCAUCGGCAGUAUGAUUUUGAAUUUGUCGAAAUCUUGUCAAAUUACGUUGAAGGUGUGGGAGUACUUGUUGCAUACUUGGCUAAGUUGAAAGGUUUUGUGUCUCUCUUCUCUCGAAUGGAUGGAGACAAGCAUACUAUUCAAAUUCCAUCAGCUGAGUUAUUCAGAUUCUCUCACAGGGUUCCAUCUUUUAAAAUGACUGGUCAGGAAAGAGUUGGUGUUCCUGUAGGGUCUUAUGAACUUGAUCCUGUAUCCUUGCCAAUGAAUAUUGAAGAAAUUUCUGUUCCUGUAGACGUGGAAGUAAAGGUUGGUCAUUGUCCAUCUAGCGGGAAUGACACAAGGUCUUCAGAUAUGUCAAAAUUCGCAAUGUGUUCGGAGGGAUAUGCAACUUUGAGAAGAAGCAACUUUUCAGAGGAGAACAAGGAUCCCAUUGAUCAUAUUAGUAGUGAUCCUUCAGCCUCAGCUGCCGAUGCUUUUGAAAUUCCAGAUCCCGAGUUUUACAAUUUUGAUGCUGGGAGGUCCCUUGAAAAGUUUGAGGUUGGUCAGAUUUGGGCAUUUUAUGGGGAUGAGGAUGGACUACCAAAAUACUAUGGUCUGAUUAAGAAGAUUAGUACUAGUCCAGAACUUGAGUUGCAAGUUACUUAUCUUACUAACUGCUGGCUACCGGAGGACAGUGUCAGAUGGGAAGAUAAAGAGAUGCUUGUUUCCAUUGGAAGAUUUAAAAUCAUAACAGGUGCUCGUCCCUACAUUUAUACUAACACCUAUUCUAUUUCACAUCAGGUGCAAACUAUUACUGACUGUAAGAAGAAGAAGGAAUAUGAAAUUCUUCCAAGGAAAGGUGAAAUUUGGGCAUUGUAUAAGGAUUGGACCACUAAAAUAAAACGUUCUGAUCUGGAAAACUUGGAGUAUGACAUAGUGGAAGUUGUUGGAGAAAAUGAUUUGUGGAUGGAAGUCGUCCCUUUGGAGUUGGUAAGUGGUUAUAAUUCAGUUUUUAAGGGCAAAUCGAAUGCAGGAUCAGCUAGGAGCGUGAAAAUAUUCUGGAAAGAGUUGCUCAGGUUCUCCCACCAAAUCCCUGCCUUCAAACUAUCAGAAGAACACGGUGGCAAUCUGAGAGGCUUCUGGGAGCUUGAUCCGGGAGCACUACCCGUUCAUUAUUUUAGCAACAAAUAA